AUGGUGGUCAAAGAAGCUUCAGUUCACUACUACUGCUGGCGGAACCACAAGGCUGAUGCCAGGCGCAGGCGCAGACGCAAACGCGUCAAUCAGCGGGAAGACCCUCUGAGCAACCUUGGCGUCCUCUAUGCGGAGUUCUUGAGGUGCCCUCCAGACCCCAAGAAUGUUGCACACACUCACAUGCAAUUGACUGACUCUGUAACUGGCACCCGCUGGUACCUGAGGUACCCAUCACAAGCCACGAUGCCCGUCUUCGCGCUCCUCAUCAUCUCCAAAGCCGGUUCGCUCAUCUACCACCGCACUUUCCCAACUACCUCCCCGGGCACCGCGGCCGGGAACCUCACGGGCCAAAGCCAAACCCAGACAGUAGGCACCCUGGGACUGCCAGGAACCUCUACGCUCACGACGAACGAUUACCUGGUCCUGGCCGGCACAUUCCACGGCGUCCACGCAAUUACGCGCUCCCUCACGCCCAAGUUGCCUGUGACGUCCUCAGCCACAACUCCAUCAGGGAAGAACUGGACAUAUCCCGACCCGACCGUGGCCCCGUCGGGCAUCGAGUCCCUCGAAUCCUCGUUCUUCCGGCUCACGGUCUUCCAGACGCUGAGCGGAACCAAGUUCUUGUUGUUCACUGACCCGAGCAUGCCCAAUACAGAUGUGCUCAUGAAGGGCAUCUAUGAGAGAUACGCGGACUAUGUAUGCAAGAACCCUUUUUGGCAGAUGGAGAUGCCUAUCAGGAUAGAAGCAUGGGACAGGAGCUUAGGGCAAUGGUUGACGAGGCGAUAA